AUGCACAAGAAAGCCUCAAACGCUCAUAAUCUGACUAGGAACCGUGCUAGUGUGGAUCGACCAUUGUUUGCUGUCAUGGAUGCUAAAAAACGCAUUCCAUUGCAUUAUGCAAUGAAAUACGGUAACUACGAGCCAACGAAAAUGCUUCUCAGUCAGCCAGGUGCAGAGCUGUGUCUAACAUGGCGGGACAAAGAUGAAAUGACCCCAUUACACUUUGCUGCCGCAAAUGGCAAGAACACUUGCAUAGAAUGGGUGUUGAGGAAUUUCAGCAAGAUUAGCGUGAAUAGAAGAGACUCAAAGGGAAGGUCAGCAGGCAUGCUUUCACUUACAUCGCUUUCUGGUCCAUACUGGCCUCUUAUUCAAAAGAGCAACAUGGAAAGAUGCGAUAAUAUGGGUAGAGGCUACCUUCACCGUGCUGUAUAUUCCAAGUGCGAAGAUGCCUUGAGAAGAGUGCUGGAUAGAUGUAACCCGAAUGUGAAGUAAGU